AUGUUUCAAAAUUUUAGACGAGUCAUUCCAGCCUAUCACUUCUUAGUGUCCAGGACUACUCAGCGAUCGUUUAGCAGGCAUGAUGGACUGGUAAAAGUUCAGCGAGUGAGGUUCAAAAGGCCAUGGUUUAGAAGAGGGAUAUCCACGAUCCUCACGGCGGUCGUUGCGACACAAGUGUAUUUCGCGCUCAUUGGACCUUCACUAGAUCGUUUGGAGGAUGUGGAUGAAAAUAUUGAUGAAGACAGUUCCCUGCAAUCAAAAAUCCAUACUGAGAGGGAUAGGCACCGCGACAAUGACGGUGUGCCAUUCAUUCCAAUCGGCCUUCCCUAUUCCGUACCUGGUGGACUGUAUACUGAAAAUGAUCCUGAAUGGAAAACGUUCAGGUCAUAUGCACUUGAGACAACCAAAUUUAAACAAUUAAGAGCGGAGUUAGUAGCCCAAGCGACAGCGAUCGUGAACCGAAAGCCUACGGUGAAAGCUAUUAUCGAUGUGACUGGUUCGCCGCUUAAGCCAAACAAAUACACCACUAUUAGGCCCGCUUUCCCCAGCGAGAAGCCGUCGGGCUAUGUCCAACCGGGAUUCGAGCUUAGAGACGACGACAUAGCAUGGACGACCCGCCCGAUACCAACAAACCGUGGCGACUGGAUUCGGAGCGUAUUCGAACCGUGGCCCCUUGUGAUUUCAACCUGGGCAGCUGGGGAGUAUUUGGUAACAGCAAAACUAGCAAAACUUCGAAAACUAUUAAGGGUUGCGUCGUCAGACCUGGGUGAAGAAAAAAAGGUCAACAAUCAGCAUAGCAGAACCCAUUCGAGCUCUAGUGGCCCGUCCGAUGUUGUUAGAUCCCGUCAGAAAUAUCCCAUUACAACCGAAACAACUCAGGCAGAAAUUGCCAGACAUGGGAACUCCACGGAUUUUGAGCCUCCCAAGCCCAGUUCAGCUCUGCAAAAAGAACCUGGGGUACCGGGAGAGCCGGCCUCCGACUUCCGCAACGCCAUGAAAAUAUUUACAUUAUUCCUGCUGCUAACCCGGCGGAAAAACACAAACAAAACCCCGCAACAUGGAUCCUUCAAGAUGAAUGGCGUUGUCAGAUUCAGAGGCCCUAAAGGUGGCUGUGAAGCUCACGUUGUGGGAAUCUACGAGCCGACCACGAAAAACUGGUAUAUGAUAGAAGUACAGAUACUUCACACAUUUCCUUAUAGAUCGGAUGCCGCUAACAGGCUACCGCCACAAAGAGCGGUGCUGGAAUCCAAUGUGCCCGAUUCUUGA